AUGCUGCUCAGGCUGGGACAGGGCACCCGAGACAGAGGGACGUGCCUGUGUCCCCUGCAGGAGGCAGAACAGGAGCUGCUGGCGCGUGUCCAGUGUGCACUGGGCUCUGUGGGCCGAGGGUACAGCGUGGCCCUGUUGCUCCGGGGCAGGGAAACACAGGCGCCCCGGCUGGUACCUCAGCUGCUGCGGACGCUGUUCGAGGAAGCGCGGCCGCGCGGCCGCUCUGACCCCGCGCUCAGUACGCUCAGCCUGGUGCAGCUCGGCCCCAGUGGAAGGACCCGGGACCUGCUCUCUGCAGGGGUGGAGAACCUGUCGGUGCUGGAUGUGCCCCCUCUGGGCUUGGUGGUGGAAGAUGCCAGUGAAGUGGAGGUGUCUGACUCAAGAGCUGCCUCAGAGUUGUACUUGCAGGCCACAGAGGGUGAUGGCAGGGCCUGCUGUUUGCUCACUCUCACCAUGUCCUGCCCAGGGCCUGACCCUCCUCAGGGGCCUGAGAUCUGGGGUGUCUGGCGAGGGGCCUUGCGGAUCCUGCAGCUUCCAGGAGCCCCAGACUGCCCCCUGCUGCGGGUGUUGGCUGGUGAGGUUGCUGGUGAGGAGGUAGAGGGCUCUCUGCCCUGGAUUAUCUCAAGGCUUCUGGAAGGAAACAACUACAGUGGCCUACUUCUCCACCUGGACCCCCAAGGUAUCUCCUUGAGUUUGCUCCAGGCUGCUCUGCUCGGGGCCUCAGGAAAGAGGAUGGAGGUGAAACAGGUGAGGCCCACCCUGUGGGAUGCAGUAGAAGAGGCUCGGGCCCGCCGGGCUGGCCUGAGCACCCUACGUUUAAGCCUCCUUGGGGACACUCUGACGGACAAUGGUUUAAGCCAGCUGGGCAGGGCACUGAGGGAGCUACAGGUGGUAAAAGCAUCAAGCCAGUGCCCAAGAAGCCAGGCGCUGAAAGGGGCCAGAGCUGAGGGGCUGCCAGAACCACAGCAGGUGACAGACUCAGCAGCAAGCCAUAGCUCAGGCCUCAAGGGGGAGCUCCAAGGGGCAGGAAGAACAGCAUCUCUAAGUCCUGGGCUCCACCAGAAGAAUACUCAUAGGGACUCUGAGGAACAGGCCCAGCAGGUCCCAGAUAUGGCCCUGCAGUUCUUCCUGGCCCAAGCCCGGAGGCAAAGACUGCGAGAACAGCACCAAAUUUGGAUCCGAGAGAAGCUCAAGCAUUUGGAACAGGAAGAGGAGGUGGCAGGUGACCAGGUCAAAGGCCUGGAGGAGGCCUGUGAGGAAAGGCAGAGAUGGCAACAGGAGCAGACAGUGCUGAGACUCCAGCUGGAGGCCCUUGAGGCAGAGCGGGACGCCGCAGAGCAGGACCUGGCAGUCCUCUAUGACCUGCACGUACAGGCCACCCGAGCUCGGACCUGCCACAUGCUGCAGGUAUUCCGAGCCUGGCAGAGGCUGUGGAAGGAGCAGGCCAUGACCACAGGGCAUCACCACCGCAGCCUGCUGGCUGGCGUCCUGCAAGACACCAUCAAUCUGGCCACACAGAAUCAGGAACUCCAAGCCCAGAACCAGCAGCUUCGGCAGGGUGCAGACUGGGCUGGGGCAGUCUUGCUGGAUCCCUGCCCUGGGGAGAAAUCUGGUGAUCAGGAAGCCUUCAGGGGAAGUUUCCUCUCUCCUCAUUCUUGAGGGUCCUAGAAGGGAGAGGGAGGGACACAACAACCAAGCUGAUCUUCAUUAUGGAUAAUUAACAACAUUAACCAUG